AUGCCAAAGUAUUCAUUCCAUGUCAACAGGAAGCAAUAUCACUUGAACUGGGACAACCGUCAGCCACCACAACUGACAGUCAACUCGGGCGAUGUGGUAACGUUCGACUGUAUCGAUGGCAGCAACUACCAGAUCAACCUAAACUCAACAGCAAAAGAUGUGGCGAACCUCGACACAUCAAUAGCAGACCCAGUCUUUGGCCCUGUCUACAUCAACAGAGCUGAACCCGGCAAUGCCCUCGAGAUCGAAGUCCUCGAGCUGGAACACGCCGACUGGGGCUGGACCGCCAUCGUCCCAGGCUUCGGUCUGCUAGGCGAUGAGUUCCCCGAAGCACAUCUCAAAAUCUGGAACUUACCUACAUCAACACCACUCACAAACGGCGAAUCCAAACUCAACGGCCACUCCCACCAACGCCUCGCCCCCUUCAACGACAAAAUCCACAUCCCAAUCCAUCCCUUCAUGGGAACCAUGGGCGUAGCCCCAUCCCAACCCGGCGCCUUCUCUACAAUCCCACCCCUGGACACCGGCGGCAACAUCGACUGCCGCCACAUCACCCGAGGAACAAAACUCAUCCUCCCCGUCCGAACCCCCGGCGCUCUCUUCUCCUGCGGCGACGGCCACGCAGCCCAAGGCGACGGCGAAGUCUGCGGUUCCGCCAUCGAGACGCCCAUGCGCGUGACUGUUCGCUUCAAAGUCGUCAAGUCACAACCGCACGUCCAGUCGCCGCACUUCUGGAGUCCGCCCAGACGGCUGGAGGAUGAGGUCCUGCCGGACAAGGGAUCGUAUUCGACGAUGGGGAUUGAUGAGGAUAUUCUGGAGGCUACGAGGAAGGCGGUCAGGGCUAUGAUUGAGUGGCUGGGGGUUACGAAGGGGUUGGAGAGGGUGGAGGCGUAUAUGCUUUGUAGUGUUGCGGUGGAUUUGAAGAUGAGUGAGAUUGUGGAUAUGCCGAAUUUUGCGAUUGUGGCGACGGUGCCGUUGAAUAUUUUCGUGGAUGGGGAAUCGUGA